AUGCCCCCACUCUCAGGCGAUGAACUGCUGCGACAGGCACCGUGGACCGUCGGAUGGGCGCAGCUCCUCAGAGCCAGGGAAACGCUGCAGGAGGAGCUGCGGAUGCCAGCAGAAAGAGCGAUACCAGUGGUGAUGCCGGGCUACAGGUUGAAAAGCAUCCUCAUACCGUCGGGUCAGGGAAGGUGGGAAACAGGUGGGGAAAGGGGAGUACACGGGAAGAGGGCCCGGGCGCAGGUCCGCGCCAUUCGUUACUCCGUCAGCGAUGGCGCGCUGUACAUGGAAGCCCAGCCGCGGCCCGCAUACGACCAGGAGGCAGCAGCUGUAGGCGCCCGCCGCAGCCUGCUACAAAGCAGAGCUUCAGCUGCUUUUAGCGGCAAAAGCCACCUUGCCGAUGGCGAAGGCGACGAUCGCGGUAUCGCUAGCACCACACACGCUACUAAAGCAGGAUGGCGCCUACAAGCUAGCACUAACGGCAGUUUUAAUUUUCCUAACGAGGACGCGGCGGAAGCAGCAAUCACAGCUGCUACUGCUGCUACCACUGCCUCGUCCCACCGUCUUGGCAGCCGUACCAACCGCCGCAUGGGCCGAGCAGGGCAGCGGCAGCGGCGACGAGGCCUGCUUGUAGACGACCCAUGGCGUGCCUGGUCUAGCAGCUCCGUGUACCCCUUCAGUGCGCUCGCCUACAUCCGCUUUCCCGUCGAAGGUGACACGUUCUUCCGCUGCAGCGGCACCUUCAUCACUCCUUGGGAUGUGCUGACCGCCGCCCACUGCGUGUGGAAUUUCGAAAGCUCAACCGGCUUCACCAACUGGUCGAUCUACCCUGGCCUGGACUCAAGGCCGUUCAACCUGCGUCCCCUCGCCCCCGACUUCGUCACAUUCUACCGCACGGAGAGCAGCAGCGGCGCCGGCGGCAGCAGCAGGGUGUACAACAUUAGCGCCCAGCGCAACAGCCUCAAUUAUUUCGAUAUUGCAGUGAUUCGCGUGAAGAGUCCGCACACGUCCUGGCUGGGUAUCAAGUACGACUGCACGCGGGCGUCGUACCCUAAAACUUUAGCCUGCGGCUACCCGGCGGAUACUAAUAUAUUUGCGCCGCUGUGCGUGCAGUGCUUCCUAUCCACGUCACAGUGUCGACCGACGUGGAUGAUGUACAAUUACUGCCGUUCAACACCGGGCAGUUCAGGCAUGAGUGUGAUGGACCUGUCCGACCUGAGGGUGCUUGGUGUGCUGAGCGGCGGCGAAGACGGGGAUACCGAUUACUCCUACUGGACCCCGAUAGAUGCCUUCCACUUUAGCAACAUCGUCCGCUGGAUGUGGCCGCAGCCGGACGGAUCGGCAUCCUUGAGGGGCCUCGCAUCGCCAUCGGUUGCCCGCAUCCCCCCACCGCCUCCGGCAAUGCUGCUGAGCAGGAAAUCCGCCAGCGCCACCGUCGUUGGUCCUGAAGCAGCAGAAUCACUUGCAUCCAAAGCUGCAUUCGCUGCAGCUGGGCGUGCAGGCGAAGGCGAGGACACGUUGGCCCCACCCUGGGCGAUCCCACCGAAUGGGGACACGAUAGCCCCACAGGGUGACGCGUCAUGGCCACCAACAUAUGCCGGUCGUGAUGCUGCAGCACUGGCCAGCAGUAAAACUGAGGGAGGCGUGUCGGGGGGUCUGCGUGGCUCAGAGCCUGGCACAAGGGAGAGCAAGACAUCAGUUAUCGAGGUUGAUGAGGCUGCCGCGCCGUGGCUGCCAGGGGAUGGUAGCACCGAUGGCGAUACCUAUGCACCGGAGUAUGAUUCGUAUAUACCUGAGUCGUAUUUAGCGGACGGGACCGUACCCAUUCCGGGUCUGGGCAACGGUGGCGGCAGUACUGAUUCUAGUGAUGGUGGUGCUGAUUCGGGGACAGGCACAAGCACGGAUGAGGCCCAGCCCUCUGAGCGCUCAGCAGCAGCGUGCUCCUACCCUGGCAAUGUCAUUGACGACGGCGGCGGCGACGGCUACAGCGACAGCGAUGGCGAUGUCAAUAUGCCGCAUUCCGUGAUCCAUAGCACGUGUCAGAAGGUUCAUGCAGUUACAGAGCUGGGCCCUAUAACCCUGAUGACAUGCGGGGCGAAGGAACAGGACAAGAGACUCGCAGGCACGAAUGGCCAGCUGCGGCUCAUGGACGGGCCCAACGCAUGGUCGGGGCGGCUGGAGAUCUGCCGCAAUAACGUCUGGGGCACCAUCUGCGAUAUGGGCUGGGGCUGGGACGACGCGCGUGUGGCGUGCAGGCAGCUGGGCUUCCCCGCCGGGGGCGAGGCCAUCCAAGGCGGCUGGUUCCCUAGCGCCGCUAUCACAAUCCCGGUUCACAUCGGCAACGUCACCUGCCUGGGCAGCGAAGGCAGUCUUACGGACUGCCGGCUUCCCACGCCGCCAAAGGACUGCUACUCUACUCCCGGCGGAGUGGUGGACCACAGGUCCGACGCCGGCUUGAUCUGCCUCCAGAACGACCCCUCCGCAGCCGCGGCCGCGGCGCCGCCGCUGUCGGGAUUUACCAACGGCAGCAAUAGCUGGCAGCCAGCUGACAACCCCUGCAGCCAGGAGGGCGGCCUGAGGCUGGUACAGAACGAUAACACUAUAAGGACAGGCAGCAGCACUGUUCCGGCUCCAUUGGUCAGCGGUCGUGUGGAGGUGUGCUCGUCGGGACAAUGGGGCAGUAUUUGCGAUGACGACUGGGGCAACGCGGACGCGAUGGUGGCUUGCAAGCAGCUCGGCUACCCAAGCGCCGUUGCCCUCUCCGGGGGAGGUAACCUCCCGCCGCAACUCGCCGCCUUGGGCGUCGUGAAGCACUCCCCUGGCCCCCUGAACAUGAGCAUCUGGGUUUCUAACGUGGAUUGUACGGGAGCGGAGGAUUCACUUUUGGCGUGCAGGCGCCGUACGAUCGCCUCAGGGUUUCGGGUGCCCUGCACCCACCAGGAGGACGCAGGCGUGGUCUGCUUUAACACGCCGGCGCCAGUAGCACCGCCCCAGCCACCGCCGCCUGAGUGCUCCGAGGACGGCGCGCUGCGGCUGGUGCCCAUUGCGGGCCGGCAGGGCGCAGGCCGUCUGGAGGUGUGCUAUAGCGGGCGAUACGGGCUGGUAUGUGACAAUGGCUUCGGGAUGCCGGAGGCGCGCGUGGCGUGUCGUCAGCUUGGCUACCUGUACGGGCGACCCAUGGGCCCGUCGAACAGCGCGGUGGCCGGCGACCCGGGGCCCGGCGCGUUCUUCUGGAUGGAUAAUGUGCGAUGCUCCAUUUUUAAGGUGGAGCUAGGAUUCUGGAGGCUGAUCCAAUGUCGUUUUUCGGGGUGGGGCGGCAGCACUUGCAAUCCCCGCACCCAGGCGGUUGGUCUGCUUUGUUCCAACGACCCUGCCAGCAUUGCGGCGUUGCCGCCGCAGCAGCCGCCGCUACCUCCGCCGUCGCCUCCACCACCUUCCAGCCACGCUUUCUAUGUUCGCCCGUUGCUCGCACGCUCGCUUCACUAUUUAGUCGCCCCGUUAAUCGCCCCAUCGAUUAAUCGCCCGCACGCGCUAGGUACUGUAGAGGGCGCCGUUCGCGUUGUGGCGGCGUUCGACAACGUACAGACGUCCCUGCCCGCCGUGGGUCGCGUGGACAUCUGCCGCAACAACGUCUGGGGCGCCAUCUGUACCGAAAGCGGUAACUAUUGGGACUCCUGGGACAGCCGGUCUGCAGCAGUUGUAUGUCGGCAGCUAAAUGGCGGAAUCACCGCCUCGGUCGCCCAGGCGCUUGGUGGCUACAACCUAGGCGCCUCGGCCCUGCCACCGGGCAUGCGCUACUGGAGAUCUUCCGUAAAAUGUACCUCCGGAAAUGAGCCCAAUCUGGUUGCCUGUUUGGGCUCGAGCUUUGUGGCGACUGAGACCUGCGGAUCUGGGACAUUGGCGGGCGUGCGGUGUCUUCCUUAG